GAGUCGCCCCAGGCUGUGGCUGUGGCCGCCGCCUAGUGUUUUCACGCUCCUCCCUUUCCUCCUCCUCUUUCUCCUCCUCCGAGUUCCAGUCAGGCCGACCUGCUCCGCUCGCGGGCAGAAAACUAAGACCUAACUUGCUACCUUGUCUGGAGUCACAUGGUGACUCUGCAGCUUGAUGGACAACAACAACCCUUUUCAACCAAAAAAUAAUCCCAAAAUGGCAGAACUGUUCAUGGAAUGUGAAGAAGAAGAGCUGGAACCAUGGCAGAAGAAAGUAGAAGGAAUUCAGGAUGAAGAUGAUGAUGAGCUGAUCUUUGUUGGAGAGAUACAAAGUUCAAAACCAGCCAUUUCAAAUAUUUUGAACAGAGGUAAUCCCAGCUCAUCUUCAAAGGAAAUAGAGAUUGAGACAAUCAGUCAUGAUGUUACUGAUGAUUUCACGCCUACAAGUGAACACUACAAAGACCCGACAUCAGAUCCAGUGGCUGCCUUGCCUAGAUUUCAUCCUGAAUCUAAAUCUUCACGUAGCCCUGCUAUUGUUCAGGACAUGUCUAAACCUGAUUUUACAAAGAAUUCAUCACAAGAUGAAUUGGAUUAUUCUUCAGAUUCAGUGUUCGACUUGAUCCAGGUUACAAUACCACUAUCCCAAGAUGGAUCAACAGCUUAUAUAGAAGGUGUGGAUGAAACUCCGCCUAUAAUAGAACGUUCUUCUGUUUCUAAAGUAGACACUGUUACUCCAAAAAAGCCAAAGACCAGCGAAAGAGUUUCUGACAUAAAUCCUUGUGCUUCAUUGUCUUUAACUAACUCUCCUUCAGUGACAUCCUCCCAUGUCUUGCUAUCAAAAGGUACAAAUACCUCACCAAGUCUCCAUAAAACUCGACCACCUUUUCUAAGAUCUUGUCCAAAGUGCAAUGUUCAGUUCAGUCUUUUGGAUCCUUUGAAAUAUCACAUGAAGCGUUGUUGUCCAGACAUGGUAAAUGCAUUUUUGGAAAUGAGUAAGGUAGAACUUUCCAGUACUGAAGAUAAAAAUGAGACUGGUGCAGAGAAAGGGAAAUUGGUUAUGUUAGUUAGUGACUUUUACUAUGGAAGACAUGAAGGAGCUGUUGAUGUGGAACAGAAGACUUAUACAACAUUUAAAUGCUUCAGUUGCUUGAAAGUUCUUAAAAAUAAUAUUAGGUUUAUGAACCACAUGAAACAUCAUUUGGAACUUGAGAAACAGAACACUGAGAGCUGGGAAAACCACACCACCUGCCAGCACUGCUACCGUCAGUAUCCCACACCAUUCCAGCUGCAGUGUCACAUUGAGAGCACACACACUCCCCAUGAGUUUUCUACUAUUUGUAAAAUCUGUGAAUUAUCAUUUGAAACAGAACAGACUCUUUUACAACAUAUGAAGGACACUCAUAAACCCGGUGAAAUGCCAUAUGUUUGCCAGGUUUGCCAGUUUAGAUCAUCAACAUUUUCUGAUGUAGAAACUCAUUUUAGAGCAUCCCAUGAAAAUACUAAGAACUUGCUGUGUCCAUUUUGCCUCAAAGUUAGUAGAAUGGCAACCCCCUACAUGAAUCAUUACAUGAAGCAUCAGAAGAAAGGAGUUUAUCGUUGUACAAAAUGCAGACUACAAUUUUUGACCUACAAAGAGAAACUGGAUCACAAGACCCAGCAUCGGACAUUUAUAAAGCCUAAAGAGCUAGAAGGAUUGCCUCCUGGUACAAAAGUUACUAUUCGAGCUUCAGUUGGACCUCCUCAUUCAGGGUCAUCAACUACAUCUUCCAAGGAUACUCCAAGCACUUCUCUUCAGGUCUCACCUCCAAGGUCUACAAGUACAACUGCUGAAAAUCCUACAAGAGCUAAUGAAAGUAAAUAUAAGACAAGAAAGCCUUGUGCAGCUACGUCCACUGCAAGUAAGCAAGGUGGAGGUGCAUUUGAAUAUAAAGCAAAAACCUAUUACAAGCAAAAGCAAGAGCGCAACAGGAAGAAUAAAAUCAGCAUAGCUUUGAAGAACUUAAGGUGUCUUCAGGGAGUUCACAAGUGCAUUGAGUGUCGUUCCGGAAUAAAAGAUUUUGCAAGCCACUUUUCAAUGUAUAUGCACUGUAAUUUUUGCAGAUACAAAACAAACUGUAACAAAGCCUUUGUAAAUCAUAUGGUGAGCUCUCAUAGCGACCAGCCAACUAAACGGUUUUAUAUUUUUAAGAAGCAUUCUGGAACUCUCAGGGGCAUUACUCUGGUGUGCCUUAAAUGUAAUUUCCUAACUGAUUCUUCUGGUUUAGAUCUUAUGGCUAAACACUUAAGUCAACGUAAAACUCAUACUUGCCAAGUUAUAGUAGAGAAUGUUCCUGAAAGUAUCUCAGCUUCUGGACCCACUUCUGCAUGCAGAAGCAACACAGAAAUUUCAAAAAAAGUCCAGGGUACUCCUGGUCAGUGUCCCCCUUCGAUGGACACAUCUGAUGCCUGUUCUCUCUUUCCAAGGAAUGUGAAUUGUUUGACUGUGAGACCUCCUCUAGGUUGUGGCCUUAAGAAAUCAGAUCUUAGGGAGAGUCCGUUCCUUCAUGCCUGGCCUCCCAUAAGACUGAUGCUAAUGUGGCCAGAGAUGACCUCAAGGCCCACCAAAUUGAGCACAACUUCCCACUGGGGGCUUUGGUUCUUGAUCUUAAGCUUAUGGGUCGAUUCUGACCAAGAAAAAGCCUAUCAAAUCAAUGCUUCAACAUCCAAGUUGAAGUUUAAUCAUUUUGGCUGCUGCCCUUUAAUCUUUCUCUAGCAUGCAUGCAGUCCAAGGAAUAUAAAAACUGGUUAUGUAGGGAACCAAGGUUACUUUCAUGUUCUUGGAAAACAAAUUUCUAAAACAGUUCUAAAAUUAGUUAUUUUUACUGUCAUUUAAAGUUUUAUCCAGUGUUAAACCCUAGGAGUUUUCAGCAAUACUAAUAUUCAAUUUUUUUUUAAGUCUAAUUUAAUUUUGUUGUCUUGGUUUUAUGUUGUCUUCACCAAAUUUAUUAACGUCCAUUUUGUUAUGUCCUCUUUUAUUUCUUGUCUUUUAAACUUGUUUUGUGUUUGUUUUGUUUCAUUAAUAACUCCCCAAAAAGUCCUUACAAUUCUCCAAGAUUUUAUGUAGCUACCUAUUGGUAGCUUCUUAAUUUGGUAAUUGUUCAGACCCUUAGACAUUAUUAUAUCCUCUGUCUAUCUUGGGACUAUCAUUAACAUUAUCUUAGUGAUUGUGAGGUCAAAGACAUAAAGAAUUGGCAAAAAACACUUCCUACAGACCUUAAAACAAAUUUUAGAGUUACAUUUUCUGUACAUCUAACACAUAAUGUCUUCUUAGCCAUUAAUGUAAUUCCUUUGGAUAAAGAUAAUAUAUCCAGAAAAUAUUGGGACCAAAAACUGCACUUGUUUCUUGCCCAUAUAUAUAUAGAUGUAUAUUUUUUUUUUAUUUGGUGUUUGUUUAUUUUGGUUACAUUGAAUAUAGA